AUGGCUAUCCUCCAAUUCAACACGCUAUUUAGGACGGAGGCAAUGGACGAGGCUGCAAAGAAUGGCCAUCUGGACGUGUUGGUGUGGCUGCACGAAAAUCGCCAAGAGGGGUGUACUGGAGGGGCGAUGGACAUGGCGAGCAGGCACGGACACCUCGAGGUGUUGAAGUUCUUGCACGAAAACCGCAGCGAGGGAUGCAGCACUCUGGCGGUCGAUUUCGCCGCGCACAACGGUCACACGGAGGUAAAGUUGUCUGUAUUUGGUCAGUACAAGGGCGCUUCGCGGACGACCGCUAUCGGCAGUCGCCGCUGCGCUGAUGUGGAAGGCGCGUACGGACGGCAACAUCGGUACGAUAGUGCCGCCGAUAGAUGUCGUAUGGAGAUGACAGCGAAAGUUAUUCGGCAAGGUACCUACACGGGUGACGACGGGUGAAGACGCGUACAGACGGCAGCUUGCCGCGGAUCGAUGCCGUAUGGAGAUGACAGCGAAAACUACACAAAAAAAAAGAAAACCGAAAAAGAAGGAGCGCACCUGCACACUACCGCCGAGGCGCGCGUAGUAAAGGAAGGGCGGUUGUGUUAAUUUCAUGUAUUCUGGCACCGGUGUACAGGCCUGUCGGUGUAUAUAUGUGUGAAGGUAGCGCUAGUAUGUAAGCCUAAGCCGCGGCAACCCGCGGCGGAAGAAGGUGGGUUUCUGUGCACUGCUACUGAGCACGGGCUGCACCAGCCCAAGGAAUGUUCCGAGAAAUCGUAUUCCAACAUGGAGACCACCGCUUAAUUUCGACCAAGCCGUGAUAAGCUCUACUUGAGUUGUAGUUUGCAGAUUGCCUGCGCACGACACAGGCCGCAACCCCUUCCCCCGCGUUUCGUUGGGAUCGACAUGGAGACAGACGCACUACUGCAGUAGAGUGCUUUGUGUGAUACCAUGCGGAGAUGUGGUUGCUCGGUUGCCGCGUGUGGCAAGGGUGAGGUGUACCAUGUCAGCGACUUGCCGAAUCUACAAAGAUUUGCCGAAUUCCUUUAAGAGAUGGUCUCUAGAGGUCUCACGGAACCGCGAAAAAAAAUGUGAAUGAAUGAAUCGAUGAUCGCUCUCAGUCCGAACGCCUGAACCACGCACGUUUUUGAGCCGAACGCCCGAGACACGAGAAAUCACCCCGUCGGCCGUCCUGCUCCACGUCAGAAGCCCUCCUCAAGUUUCAGCUUGAUUGGCGCUAUCUGCGUUGACGGUUGGAUUUGUUGGUGCCGGCACUCUCCAGCAUGAAACGCGAGCAUGCAGUAGGUGCUGCCGAAACCAAACUACUGCGAUCUCGAUCGAUAUGUGCCUAAACGUUGCCUAUCCUCCACCAAGUUGAAGCCUCGUUCAAUGUACAGCUGGAUUGACCAGUCCUUCGACGCUGUAAUAGCUUGUGCCUACCAUUUUUGCCUCCCAACGUGAGGUUCGGGCCACACCGCUGCAACCUCCCGAUGAGGGAAUAAUACCUUUCCCGCAGAUCGACGGUUUCAAAUAAUUUUUCGCGCGCGCGCAAAAGAUUUCGGAACAGAUACAUCAAUCCAUUGUAGUUUAUCCUGAUCUCGACGUGUGUGCCCCGCGAUAGACUAUUCGCCGCGUUUCGAGGGAACAAUAUUUUUUUUUGUACAUUCGCGCGCGCAUAGAGGAAUAGAAGCAGUGAUUUGUGUAGGCGUACUUGUGUAUCUCUAUCCU